AUGCUCAACAAAACCGGUCCGGGCUCCCAGUACAUCCUGCCCGGCGGCGCCUCCCACGCAGCGACCGAGAACGCAGAUAACUACGCCCUGUUUGCGCUCUGGUCCUGGAUGCGGAACCAGCAGGACGCGAAGUGCGUGCAUAAUUGGCCUCUGUGGAAUAUACCUGCAUCGCUCGGCCUCUUUCAGUCAUCCUCCUCCACGUCUGCCUCCUCGAGUACUCAGUCCGGAAGUCUGAGGCAAUUACUGGGUGACUCAGAUUCCGAUAAUUUAGCUGAGGACGACACCACAACCGAUCUUGUCGAGGGUUGUGGCGGGGGGGAUUGUCCGAGCACGCCGUAUGAUGAGGGUUCGGGAAUUACUUCGGUGGGGAAUAGUACGGAUAUGAGUCUUGCGGGCGAAGGAAGCGUGGGCGGAAGCGCGGGGUCUACUUGCAGCGGAAGCUGUUCUGGUACGGGCGAUACGUCGUCGUGCGGAGUGAAUUGCCAGUGUGUUGUUAAAGGCCGCAUAGAUCCUGGGGACGGCAGUGCUCUUAUUGAGACUUAUGGAUGUUCAGGCAAGUGA